GACACAGAGCGAGAAAGAGAGAGCAUAAUCAGAAUGGCCAUGGCAAAGGAGCAACGAGAAGAGAAGGAAGUUCGGAGCUCAGGGAAGAGACUGAAAUGCGUCAGAGAGGAAGAGCUUGAGGCCGUCGAAGAAGAAGAAGAAGAUGACGAGGAAAGCGAGCUUCCGCUGAAGCCAGAGCUCUUCUACCCCAUGGCGCCCACGUCUUUCGUGGUCUCCGAUUUUCUGGAGCCUGAUUUUCCACUCAUUUACGUAAACAAAGUCUUCGAGAUCUGCACCGGCUACCGCGCCGACGAGAUCCUCGGUCGGAACUGUCGGUUUUUGCAAUAUCGGGAUCCUCAUGCUCAACGGCGGCACCCUUUGGUAGAUCCUGUUGUUGUUUCUGAGAUUAGAAGAUGUCUCGAGGAAGGUAUUGCAUUCCAAGGUGAGCUCCUCAAUUUCAGGAAGGAUGGCACUCCCAUGGUGAACAGGCUAAGAAUUGUACCUAUACACGAUGAUGAUGGAACUAUCACACACUUAAUUGGUAUUCAAGUCUUUUCUGAAGCGAAAAUAGAUCUGAACCGUGUAUCAUAUCCAGUUUUCAAAGAGACUUGCAAUCAGCAGUUUGAUCAGUCAGGCAAAUAUUCUGCAAUGAGUGGAGAAUCACCAUUCUGCCAGGAUCAAGGAUUAUGUGGAAUUCUUCAGCUCUCAGAUGAAGUCUUGGCUCACAACAUUUUAUCGCGCUUGACACCAAGGGAUGUGGCAUCCAUUGGGUCUGUCUGCAGAAGGAUUCGUAAAUUGACAAAGAAUGAGCAUGUGAGGAAGAUGGUAUGUCAAAAUGCAUGGGGAAGAGAAGUUACAGGUACAUUGGAACUGAUGACUAAGAAGUUAGGGUGGGGGCGUCUAACCAGGGAACUGACUACUCUAGAGGCUGUGUGUUGGAGAAAACUGACAGUUGGGGGUGCAGUAGAGCCUUCACGAUGCAAUUUCAGUGCUUGUGCAGCAGGUAAUCGACUUGUAUUGUUUGGAGGGGAAGGAGUUGAUAUGCAGCCAAUGGAUGACACGUUUGUUCUCAAUCUUGAUGCUGCAAAUCCAGAGUGGCGUAGGAUGAGUGUGAAAUCAUCCCCACCAGGGCGCUGGGGUCACACUCUCUCAUGCUUAAAUGAUUCUUGGCUAGUGGUUUUUGGAGGAUGUGGGCGGGAAGGAUUGCUCAAUGAUGUUUUUGUUCUUGACUUGGAUGCCAAACAGCCAACAUGGAGAGAAGUCUCUGGUGGAACUCCGCCUCUCCCUAGAUCUUGGCAUAGCUCUUGCAUAAUAGAAGGUUCUAAAUUGGUUGUCUCAGGUGGAUGCACAGAUGCAGGGGUACUUCUUAGUGACACAUUCUUGUUGGAUCUCACUACGAACAAACCAAUGUGGAGAGAGAUUCCGACGUCGUGGGCUCCUCCCCCUAGGUUGGGGCAUUCACUUUCAGUUUAUGGAAAGACCAAAAUUCUUAUGUUUGGUGGACUUGCCAAGAGUGGGAACUUGCGGUUGCGAUCAGGUGAGGCUUACAGUAUUGAUUUAGAAGAUGAAGAGCCUCGGUGGAGGCAACUGGAGUGUAGUGAAUUCACUGGCAUAGGCAGCCAGAGUGCUGUGGUUCCUCCUCCUAGACUUGAUCAUGUUGCUGUCAGCAUGCCUUGUGGGAGGAUUAUCAUUUUUGGUGGUUCAAUGGCUGGGCUUCAUUCUCCUUCACAGCUCUUCCUUUUGGAUCCUUCUGAUGAGAAACCAUCAUGGAGGAUACUCAAUGUUCCUGGACAACCACCUAAAUUUGCUUGGGGUCAUAGCACUUGUGUGGUUGGAGGGACUAGAGUCCUAGUAUUGGGUGGGCAUACGGGGGAGGAAUGGAUACUUAAUGAAUUGCAUGAGUUGUGCUUAGCAAGCAGACAGGACUCAGACGUGUAAUGUAAUUAUCAGUUGCCCAAAUUACCAAAGGACUUGAGAUCAGCACCAAUUCUUCCGGAUGAAUAUUUUACUUCAUUUUCUGUGCUAGUUAAGGUACCUCCUCCUACAUUUUUUUACUUGUAAACUACAAUCCGACGUGGUCUAUGAUUAAUUUUUUUUUUUUUUUUAAUGUAUUGUUCAUUAGAAAUGUCGCUUUUCUUACUUGUUUUGACUGUUGUAAAAUGUGAACAUACAAUACUAAUGUAUAUGUUUGAUGCUUGUAUUCCCAAA